AUGACUGAAGAGAGUGCACGCAUCUCUCUUGUUGGUGACCAAACUACUAACGUUAAUCAGACACUAGAUGAUCCGGAUCCAAAAUACGGUUACUACUAUGAGCCUUCUGGAGAUAUUUUAUCCAGUGAUGUCUUCAAUGGAGUUCUUUGGAUGUUACUUUCAAUAGGACUUAUUGGCAACGUAUUGGUUUUGAUGUGGAGACUGUCACAGAAAAGAGAUCAGAGAACGUCCCCUCUGUCAAUUCUUAUCCUCACACUGGCAGGUUCAGACUUUCUGUAUUGUGUUCACUUGCUUCUGUUGAAGAGUUUGAUGGCUGAUUCUAAACAAGGACAAGAUAUUCUGGAGCAGAUCUCUUCGCGUUGUGUGUGCACUGUAAGCGGAGCUUUGUCUUUGUUAUCUUGCUGCACAGCUCAGUGGACAAUAUUCAUUAUUGCAAUUUACUCACUUCAAACAAUGAACAAAUGGUGUUCUCGUUGUUGCUGUUCACUUAUUAAGAAACGAAACGUGCUUAUUGCAAUUACCUGCCAAAUGUUGGUCGUUGGAAGUGGCAUUAGUCUACUGAUUUAUGUCUUUUUAUAUCAUUUUCCACGUGUCGAUAUUGGAUCCUACCAGCAUUUGCGUAACAAUAUGUUCUCUAAUUUCUCAAGACGUGAGCAAAUUACUGAGAUUUUUGGACGUUGUGCUUGGGCACAGACAAAUGGCUUUGCUUAUUGCUACAAUAACACACGAAGACAGUCAUACACAAUCUACAAAGGCAUUGAGUGUACAGGACACGUUGAUACCCUCCUUACACUUGGCAUAAUUCUAGCAUCUCAUAACUCAAUUCUUGCUUUUGCGUCUGUGGUUCUCUACUUAUUGUUGUGUAUACGACUUCGUAGAGCAGCUUCUCAAGUAAACCUAACAGAACGAUCUGACAUACACAAACUUCAAUGGCGUUUGAGUGUAAUUAUACUUCUAAACGCAUUAUGUUGGAUUCCUGUGACUGCAGUAAUUUGGACGACCACAAUUGUGAACAACAGUGAUUCUUGGAAGAACGAUUCGACUGCAGCAAGUGUUCUUGUCAUCUCCAUCAGUCCAGCAGUUAAUCCUCUCAUCUACACUUUUAUAGCAAGGAACUUUUUACAUUCAAUUCGCAAGUAUUGGAGACGAAUAGAAUGCGAAAUAUAUCUGAGACGAAACAGUGCCAACUACGAUGACGAUGACAUUACAGGAGUUGAACGUUGCAGCUGUAUUCCAUGUAUGAGGUGUGUUCACCGCUACGAAGAUUACUGGAUUACUGAAGAAACUUCCGUCUGGAGUUCUGCAACUGAACAGUGUAGACUUUUGACGCCUACCAUUGACCCAGGAAAAGCUACCUAACACGUCUAAAGGUUGGAGCUUGUGGGAUGCCUGGAGCAGCCGUAACAAGAGACUAACUGUUUUGACUAUGGCAUUCUAUUUUACUUACCGUAUAGGCAAGCUUUGUCAACUAGAUUGUGGGCAUGCGCGGUAGGUUACGUUCUAACACAAACGUAGCUAACCAAUUGUUAACAUUUUUUGCUUUGUUGUUAUACACGAGAACGUCUAGACUAUGUACUGUUGAAACGCACUAAAAAUUCCUUU